UCCUAUUUAAAAUCAGCUCCUGCUCAAUUCAGUGGCGUCUCUGCAAAUAGCUACAUCACUUCAUAUUUUCAAAUUGUUUCAACUGAAAAUUCUAUAAAGCAGAUGAGUUCCUCGGACAGAGCCAUGCGAAUAACAAAUCUCUUACAAGGACGGACAAUAAAUCAUGACUCUGGUGACUCACUGCCUGUAUAGAGGAUGGAAAAUGAAAGGGAAAUUUCCUAACAGGUGACAAGUCUCUCUAUUUCAUGGAAUCAAGGGGAAAGGAGUGACCAGAACACCAAUACGGACCUGAAGUGGGAUGCAACGUCCCACAGGUGGCUUUAUUUCCAAGCACCGGGCUGUGCUGCUGCUGCCUCCUGCUCCCCCUGGCUCCCAAGACUGCUUCUGGAUUUAGCUGCUGCACUGGGAGUAAGCACCCGCCUGCAAGUGAUGCUGGAUUCAGUAACACCCAGCACGUUUCUGUCAAACAUGAUGGUUUGUGAUCCCCUGAUGUCUUGGACAGAGAUAUUUGGGACAACUGAAGAUGACUAUCCCACCUAUGAUCAUCAGACAGAUUCUGAUUCUUUCUGGACAUCCAUCCACCCGGAGCACUGGAGUAAGCACAACGUCUGCGAAUGGCUGCAGUUUUGCUGUGACCAGUACAAGCUAGAUGCCAACUGCAUUUCCUUUUCCCAUUUUAAUAUCAGUGGCUUACAGCUUUGCAACAUGACCCAGGAAGAGUUCCUGGAUGCUGCAGGCAUCUGUGGUGAAUACUUGUAUUUCAUCUUACAGAACAUCAGGAUGCACGGCACAUCCUUUUUUACUGACUUAGAAGAAACAAAGUUAUCCAGCAAGGACUGUGACCUUUUGACCAAGUUGCCACCAGAUUCAGGAGUUCCUUCUUCACUUCUCACGUUAUUCUGCAGUUCAGUCCCAGUGCAUGAUAAAGCAUGCAUAAAGACAGGUGGCAUCAGCAGCCAAGAAUGUCACAGUCAUGGUAGAACAAACCUUCAGAGUUCACAUUUGUGGGAAUUUGUAAGAGACCUCCUCCUUUCUCCUGAAGAAAACAGUGGCAUUCUGGAAUGGGAGGACAGGGGAAAAGGCAUUUUUCGAGUUGUCAAAUCAGAAGCUCUGGCAAAGAUGUGGGGACAAAGGAAGAAAAAUGACAGAAUGACAUAUGAAAAACUGAGCAGAGCACUUCGAUACUAUUAUAAAACAGGCAUUUUGGAACGAGUAGACAGAAGGCUGGUGUACAAGUUUGGGAAGAAUGCCCACGGAUGGCAGGAGAACAAGAUAUGAACUGCUCAGUGCUCCCACACAUGCCUGGCACAAAACACGCCACAAUCUGGAUGGUCCAGCUGCAGUGGACACUUGAGAGAGAGGCUUUCCCCUCCCUUUCUCCCCUCAGCCCAUCUGGACGAAUUCAUUGGAGUCUGCUACAGGAAACAGGCUACAGCAUCAAAAAAAGCACUUGAAUUUUGGAGUCGUUUCUGCCAAGCACUGUCUGCUAGGAAGUCUUUAGGAAUAUCUUUAUCUGCUGCUCAAGUGACAAUUAAAUCCUGCCUGUCUCCCUGCCUCAGCCAAUAAUGUCACUGACCAUUACGAAAUUCCUCUCUUUUCUGCUGCCAUUUAAAGGGGAAUAUUUAAAGACAUUUCCCAAUUAUGUUACAGUAUUUCUAAAGAAAGUAGAAAAGCUUCUUUUCCAUUUGAUGAGAAAAACCACACUUCUGAUCCAUUCUAUUCUAAAUCACUGCAUUUCUCAGAUAUGCCAGAAAUCCAUGUGUUCUCUAAAACGUGCAGUCCACUCUCCUCUACGUGCCUGGAUUUAAUAUAUCCAGUCAACAUAGUUAACAAAAAAAAAUCAAUCUCAAUUCUGAAAUAUAUGUAUCAAGUAAUUACUACCUUUAUCUACUAAUUCCAUCUGUGCAAAGAUGUAGAGCAACACACAAUUGAUGUAUUUGAUUAUUUUCUUUUUUUCCAUGAAGGUGAAUUCAAGUUACUUCUGCAUUAGGAAGAAGCAGUUCUGGAUAGGGUACAAGAAUUUGCUGAAGUAGAUUAGUUUUGAAAUGUAAAUGAAUAUUUGUGGAGAUGUUUCUAAAGAGCUUUUGCCCACAUCUAUGCAGACAUCAGUUGAACACUUCAGAGCAGCUUACAGCAGUGUUGUACAUAUACCAGUAAAAUUAACGUGUGGUGUGUGCCCUCAGCUGCUCCAUAGAUCAACCCUACAAUAAGCAAAUUUGUUAGAAUGAAAGGCGGUAUGCGAGAAUUCAGUUGCGGCUUUUGGAAGCAUCAUGACUAUUCUGUAGUUUUACAAGGUUUGCUUCUUCAAUGUAAUAAAUUUAAGCUACAACUGUAAAUGUAUCAACUACUUUAGGCUUACCGCAAGUGGCAUUCAGGGAAGUUCAAUGGGCUUCUAAACUUGCUUUCCAAUGGACAACUCUGCACACAUUACUCUACAUAAUCCCAGGUCACUGAGGACUUCCUUAACCCUAAAGCCUUUUUCUUGCAACUCAGAAAACCAUGGUAUUAUUUGCAAUAGGAAUUAGCUCUCAUGGCAAAUGUCUGUUGUAAGAAUUGGGAUUAUCAGGUCAAGAACAGCUGCAGCAACCCCCAUUCCAGGCAGUGCACUACAUGGGAUUACAUGGGCAGCAGCUGGAAUGGAGGAUGGUGGUUACUGACUUCAGAACCUAGAUCAGGCCCCAGCACUACCAACAGCCUGCAAAAUUCACAUUAGAGAUGACUACCAAUGAGGUUUCUUCCAGAAAUUACGCGUAUUUGUUUGGAAAGGCUCCUCUUUCUCCUAUUUUUCAGCCACGUGUUUGUUUUUAUCUGCAUAACAGCUACAGAUAAUCUUUCUGGGAAAUAAAUUCCUUAGGGAUAUAAACACAGCAUAAAGGGCAUGCUGUGAAAAAAUGCUCAA